ACACGGAUAUUUAUUAACGAGGAUUUUUCACCUCGUAUUAGAGACAUUCGAAAACAACUCUGGCUUAGUACUGCCGAAUUCCGAAGAAAUGGCGCAAAGGUCCGUCUACGUUACGACUACGCUCUUGUUGACAACGACCGAUACUCGUGGGAUUCAACAAAUAGAACGCUGAUAAAAGUUCCUCCUCCGGUUCUUGCCACCGGAUCGAACUGACAGUUACCGAAUAAACCAUUGUCUGUAUUAAACAUUAAUGCUCGGAGCCUUGUCCCUAAAUUUACAGAGUUCUCGUGCAUUGCAGCUUCUUAUUCACCGCACGUGAUGUGUGUUACGGAAACCUGGUUACACGAUGGCAUUCUUGAUUGCGAAUUUACACCUCCUAAUUACAACGUGGUACGAUGCGAUAGGUCUUCUAGAGGUGGUGGUGUCGCGCUUUUUUUUAAAUCUGGUAUUAGUUUUUCGGUUCUUCCCUGUUUACCUAACACAGAGUCUUUAUGGUGUAAGGUGCAGCUUGAUAAGUUCGUUCUUGUUAUCGGAGCGGUUUAUCGCGCUCCUAGUUCGGGCCUGCAAACGAUCUUUGAUAUAUAUGACUACAUUCACAAAUACAAUCUGGCGAAUUUCAAGCUUAUCUUGCUGGGCGAUUUUAAUGCACCCGAUAUAAACUGGGAAACGCUAGUGGUUGGCUGUCGCGACAGGGCCAUUUGUGAUGCUCUAGUAGAUAUAGCUGUGUCAUUCGACCUAGAUCAGGUUGUCAAAACGUGCACCAGAGAUAAUUCUGUUCUUGAUCUUGUUUUUCUAACCCAUAGUAUCGCAAACCUAGGUUAUGACUGCGAGGUGGUCGAGGGAAUUUCUGAUCACAAAGCUGUCCUUGUCAGCCUUAACAUUCGUGUCAAGCGUUCGAACCCUGAAUUCGUCACGUUCCUUGAUUUCAACAGAGCUGACGAUGUGUCAAUUAUUGAUGAACUUAGUUUUUAUUUUGAUGAUUUUUGUGCCAUAAGUCUAGACGCUGAUGUCAAUACGUUGCUUAGAUAUUUCAACUCCCUUAUAGAAAAAUGCAUCAACAAAUUUGUACCUGUUACUAGAAAGAAAAAGAACCCUGCGCACCCCUGGAUUACGAGAGAGGUGCUGCAGUUGAUGCGGCAAACGAAGAGGAGACGUCGUUCAAUAAAAGAUAACACAGAAUCAGUUGUUCAUACCUCGUUUGAAUAUCUGAAAACAACCUUGAAAGAAAAGAUGUUAACAGCUAAAACCAAAUAUUUUAAUGUGAAUCUGUAA